AAAUGAAUCUUAAUAUUAACACGUACUGAAAUAGAAUAAGAAGUUAACCUAUUUUGUAAACUUUUAGUAUUAAAAUGCCAAAAGUGAAGCAAAUCCAACAACUAAAACAUCCAAAUAGUAGAAAAACGAAGACUUUAGCCAAACAAAUACACAAGCAGAAAAACCGAGAUAAAAGUAAAUUUUCCACAAAUUUGAAACUUAAUCUGCAAGGUGAAAAAUGUGCAUGGUUUCGAGAUAAUUUAGAUCCUGAUUGUGUGAUGUGUAGUCCUAAUACACUAUUGAGUUUAAUUCUUAAGUAUUUAGCAAGAUUCGACGAAGAAUUGGAACAAAUUAGAAUCAAACAUUCGAUAGGUAACAGAAAAAAUCGGCAGCAUGCUAAUAGAGAAGACAUCAUCAAAAUGACCAUCAAAAGGGAGUUUGAAGACUUCAACACUUGCGGAAUCGAAUUACCUAACGUAUUGGAUCCUAUACAGUUGGAAAAUUUGAAAAAAUGGAAUGGAGAAUUGAGAUUUUUACAAAAUUUCAAAUUUAAGAUGUUCAGUAAAAAGAGUUUGGAAGAAGAACAAAAGAAAAUGGAAAAAUACAACGAAAUGCAAUCAAAAGCGGUGAUUCUACUAAUACUAUAUCAUGAUUUAACUAAAUUUUCAUAUUCAAUAAAUUUAUUUUGUUAAAAA